ACAUUCGACAAUGGCAAAGUUCCAAGUUCGCCUUUUUAUUAUCACUUUUUUCUGCUUGACUUCGGCUUUAAUUUUUUUGAUUUUGCAACUGUGGAAGAACUACAGCACCUUUACGAAUAGCACUAAUAAAAACGAUGUUGAAAGAGUCAUUCUGGAAUCAUCGAUUAAAAUCGAUGAACUAAUCACUCAACACGAGCCAUCCACUCCAAACCCUUACAUUCUUAUGUACAAUGGCCUCUCUACUUGUGGGUCCAGUUGGUUUAUUGCAAACCUUAAAGCGUUGUCUAUACCAAAUGGAUUUACAUUUAUCCAUCAGGAAAGCAGGGGAAGGAAGCUUAUAAAAGAGCCCUAUUACUACACAAAUGAGUUGCUCAGACUAUCUAAUGAAACGCCUCUUGCGAAAUAUCACGAUGUUUACUUUUUGAAUUUUAAGAGCUACAAUUAUAGUAAUCCAAUUUACGUGAACAUUGCCCGUGAACCUUACGAUAGAGCAGAGGCAACCUACACGUUUCACCGUUUCACAUGUAAAAGAGAAAAUAGAUUCUGCACUGCAUUCAUAUAUGAAAUGCAAGACUUGACGUUUGAAGAAUGCCUGACCAAGUGGCAUAACGCAACUCAUAUAUGUGGCAGCUUUUUCAGAGAAAGUAUGCGUGUAUUUUGUGGACACCAUCAAGUUUGCCUAGACGACAAGAUGUCCCACAUUGGUGUCCAACUAGCCAAAGCUAAUAUUGCAAGGUAUUAUACGUUCGUAGGACUUUAUGAAGAAUACCAAGCUAGCAUGUUAGCUCUAGAGGAACUUAUCCCAACAUAUUUCGCAGGAACAGCAAGCAGAUAUAGCCGUAAGACUGAAGAAGGCGUGAAGGCAUUUCCGGACAUAAAAACUGAGAAGAUCAUUAAAGAAGUGUUAAAAUACGACUAUGAAGUUUACCAUUUCAUCAAACAGAGAUUUUAUCAAACAAUCGGAAAAUUGGGACUCGUGGGUCAUCUUAAAGAUAUACAUUGGGUACCCUAA